AUGCUCAGACAUCAGAGAGAAGACCCUGAAAGCCAUCGUCGGGGAGAGCUGGGAGCUUCCCCUGGCGGGGUCCCACCAGGGACCGAGCUGGCGGAGGAAUCCCAGGCAGCGUCGAAGCCAGAAGGGGAGACGAGCGCAGCCCACGGUGUUCUCCGUCUACAGCCUCAGGUGCACCCAGAUCCAUGUGGGAAAAAAGUUACCAGCCAGCAGCUGAGGUUGUCAAGGAAGGAGAAGCGCCAGCGUUCAGCAGCCCCGAUGCAAGAACCCCAGAGGUGGAAACAACAGCUGCUGGGGGGAAAGGAGAGCAGGAGAGUUAAAUCCGACUUGGAACAGGCAGCUGCUGUGGCCGGCGGUGUGGUAGCAGGAAUUCUUCUGUUGGUCCUUAUCGGAAUAGCUGCCUACCUUUACUGGAAGAAAAUAUACCUCAAGGGUUCUUAUGAAGAACUGGCUGAUCCUGGUUCCCCAGUUGUGAAAGAACCUGAUGUUGCCCAAUCUUCUUCAGUUUACCCUCAAAAUGCAAGGACAAGAAGCGUCCCUUUUAUCGUUCCACCAAAAUUUCAUAGACAGACUUUGGUUGAUAUGAUAAACGGAGAACAAAUUCAGGAGGAAAGUGACCUCUACAUUACCCCUGACUCUGGGCCUCGAUCCUCUUUCCAUUCUUUAGCUGGAGCAUACCUUGUAGGAACUAUCAACCCAGAGCUGUACCGGUUCCCUGAAGACGAGAGUGAGACCAACUUCCCUGAAGGAAACAUCGGUCGUCUUUGGUUCUCAGUGGAAUACGAACAAGAGUCAGAAAGACUCCUUGUCUGCUUGAUCAAAGCCCGAAAGCUGCAACCUCCCUCCAGCUCCUGCAACCCCUUGGUGAAGAUCUACCUGCUUCCUGAUGAGAGGCGCUUUUUGCAGUCCAAGACCAAGCGCAAAGCUCUCAACCCUCAGUUUGAUGAGACCUUCGUUUUCCAGAUUUCCAGUAAUUCCUUAUACCAAAGAACGCUGAAGUUCUGUGUCUACCAUGUUGACAAGCAGAAGAAGCACAUUCUCCUGGGUCAGAUAACGUUCCCCUUGAGAAAUGAAACCUUCACUGGUGAUGGCAAGGUGGUGGUUUGGCGAGAUUUGGAAGUGGAGCCCUCAGAGCCGCCUUCGGAAUACGGUGACCUCCAGUUCUCCCUCAGCUUUAAUGACUAUCUGGGCCGUCUAACUGUGGUGGUGUUGAGAGCAAGGGGCCUGAAGUUCCAGAAUGAAAGACAUGCUGUUGAGAGAUGUGGUGUGUUUGUCAAGGUGUCGCUCAUGAACCAUAAUCAGGUCAUCAAAAGCAAAAGGACCUCGACCAUCGUAGGAUCCCCCAAUCCGUUGUACAAUGAGACGCUCAGCUUCAAGGUUGGGCAGCUAGAUCUCGAUACGGCAAGCCUGAGUCUCUCUGUGCUUCAGGACGCUGAAGAAGCCAAAACCUAUUCACUGGGCCGGGUCGUUGUUGGGCCCUUCAUGUACACCAGGGGAAAGGAGCUGGAGCACUGGAACGAGAUGGUCAGCAACCCCAAGGAGCUGGUGAAAAGGUGGCAUGCACUCUCCCCGAGCAGCUGA